AACAAAUUUUUUUUUUAUAGUUUGUGGGAUCUUCGUUAUUCUGUUGAGGAACCAGCUCUGAAAUUUCAAGAUAUUUCAGCUACCAACAAACCAAUAACAUGUUUUGACGUUGAUUUUUCUGGAAGCUACAUAUGUUCUGGAACAGAAUUAAUGCAACAGAAUUCAUAUAUUUUAUUUUGGGAUGCAAGAAAAGUGGACAUGUUGGGUGGUUAUUGGUGUAGCCAUUUUGAUGAAGUUACACAGGUCAAAUUCCAUUCUUCUCGACAAAACUGGGUGAUUUCCGGUUCUAUGGAUGGACUGGUUAACUUAUUUGAUAUAAGCAAAUCUCAUGAAGACGAUGCAUUAAUUACUACUUUUAAUACUGAAUGUAGUAUCUACAAACUCGACUGGUUUCCCCAAUCAAAGAAAUUUGCAUGCAUUACAAGUAACCAGGAUCUUCAAGUCUGGAAUAUCAGUGAUACUUCUCCGUGUUUAAAUUACACAAGGGAAAAAUUAACUGAAUUACACGAUGGAGUAAAUGUGGAUUAUCUUAUUGACAUUAUUAAAUUUGAUUCCAACAUGCAAUUGGUGUCUGGAAAUUACAGUGGUUUAAGUAGCUUAUGGAAACUAUGCGAAGAUAAAUGUGAACUUCUGGCAACCUUACAGGGGGAGAAGGAAGUAGUCAUUAGGACUUGUGUUUGGAAUGAUGCUAAUAAUUUUGUUACUGGUGGAGAAAAUGGAGAAAUAUCAGUUUGGAAUACAGAAGAUCCAAUUGAUUCUAUAACUAAGCAAAAGGAUGAAAAAUUAAAUAUUAAAGAGGAGAAAAAUGAAGUCUCUCCCGAUUCUCUGAAGAUCGUUUCAUAUAACUUGGCCAGGCAACAUGCAGUAUUCGAUUGGGCUCCAGAAGUUUUCAAGAGACCCUUUUUGGUAACGACCUUAUCAAAGAUUUAUCAAUAAUUUAUUCCCUUCACUAAAUAAAUAGCUACUAAUGUGCAUUUUAACAGCCCAUCUACGAUUCAUGAAACAAGCUAUACUCAAACACUCCAUUACAUACAUGCGUACAUAAUUAUUUACAAAUAAAAUGCUCAUUGUGGAAAUGUACUUACAAAUGAAUAUAGUUUAAUAUUUACAUUUAGAAAAAAAUUACUUUUUGUACUACACAGUACUAUACAGUAGAUUCUCCUAUUAACUAUGGAUCGCUCGAACCACUGAAAAUCAUUUAUUGUUCUGAGAAUAUGUUCUGUAGUAAACAACAAAUUUCCCACACACCUGGGAAAAUAUCCAUUACUUAAAGAAAUUUUUUUUAACCCUCUACUUAUAAUAAUUAUCUGUGCUUGAAAAUUAUUCAGUCUGUUGAGAUCUCUAGCUUUUAUUCUGUAGAAAUACAUAUGUUACAAGAUUGUAUAUUAUGUGAUGUAAGUACGACAAAGCUGACAGAAACUGUAUAUACCAUAAGCAAAGAAAGAGGCAAAUUUCGUAUGCUCAUUAUU